GUAGUACGGUGCAGAAGCUGUCUGCUACGAAUGUCCUCGUGGACACGAUCAUUCGUUGUGGGUAUAAAAAUCGCGACUGAAAGUUACCAUUUCUUUAGGUAUAAUAUGUUUUAUGCUGUCAGAGUUGGAAGAAAUCCAGGAAUAUACAAAUCAUGGCUGGCGUGUAAGGCACAGGUAUCUGAAUUUCCCAGUGCAAGGUACAAAAAAUUUGCUACUGAAGAUCUAGCCCUAGAGUUUGUUGAUUCAGGUGAAAGUGCCUUUUCCAAUCACUUUUGUUCUAUACCAAGUAUGGCAGACUCAAAAGCAACAGCAGCCUUGAACUCAGUACGUAAAACAGCCAAUAAAAUACAGGGCCAGCUGGAACUGAUGUCAUCAACCUAUUCCACUCUGUGUGAACAGAUUGAUACUUUAGAAGAAGCAGCAGCAGGGUCCAGUCUAAAGAGAUCCAGCUCUGAGGGAUCAUCGGACAAGGGAAGCAAGAAACUUAAAACUGAAGACUCCUCUGAUGCUUCAGGCUGGUCUGGUACUCCAUUCACUGACCCCAGUGCUCCCUCAGUCUACACUGACGGGGCGUGUUUCAACAACGGCAAGAAAGGAGCAGUGGCAGGGAUAGGGGUCUUCUGGGGCCCUGGACAUAAGAACAAUUGUUCAGAAAGGCUGGGUGGCAGACCAACAAACAACAGAGCUGAGAUACAUGCAGCAGCCAAGGCAGUGCGGCAGGCCAAGUCCAAGGGUCUCAAGAACCUGGUGAUCAAUACUGACAGUGAAUUUCUUAUCAACUGUAUCACCAAGUGGGUGAAGGGGUGGAAGAAGAAGGGGUGGAAGACUGCCGCUGGGACGGAGGUAGCCAACAAGGAGGAUAUCCAGGAACUGGACGAGGUCCUGCAAGGCAUCAAUGUCAAAUGGAUGCAUGUUCGUGGGCACCAAGGUAUCCCUGGAAAUGAGGCUGCAGACAAACUUGCAAAUGAAGGAGCCAGGAAACCAUCUGUUGACUAGGAGCUGAAAACAUGUAGUAGAACACUAUGAAUACUCCAAUAAAUCAGAUUGUGGUGACUGGUAUGAAAGCUUCCAAUUACUAUGGCUUACAAGAUAUUGUACUUUGGUCUAUAUGAUGCAUCAUUUGUAUGUAGAGUAGCAUACUCGUACUGUAGGUUGCAUGUGUUUGGUUGAAUUUCUUUUGUUGCGGAUAUUUUGUGACAUUACAUGAAGUGAAUUUACUACUCAAAAAAGGUAAAGGAACAGCCAUUUCUUUCAUAUUACAAGAGUCCAUGGCAUGACAGAUUGACUAUGUGACUGGAAAGAAUCAGGUGGCCCUUACAUUUAUUUGAGUAGUAUAGGUCACUUAUUGUUAUCAGCUUUCUCAUUAAUACAUACACAUAUAUCAUGUUAUCAUAGCUAGAAAUACCAGGUUGAUUGCAUUUAUAUAACAUGUUUUCUGCAAACUCUGAUCAAGAUACAAAGAAUAUUGUUGCACAAGUGUUAUGAGAAAUUUGGCUCACAGUUUGGGAUGUUAUUUUCAUAAUCCAGGUGGUUCGCAGCCUGGUUUUUGGAGUCAACAAUAAACAGAUAAUAAUAAACCCUGUGUUCUGUUACCCCUGCAUUAAAUAAUUUUGAACUGAAAUGUCUGAAUCUCCUGAGUGUUGUACUGGUCAUAUUAAAUAUAUAAUUGAUGUGCAUGGUCGUGUAUUGACAUGUCGGUUGUUAUAGAGAUUAUAUACUAGUUAUGUUCAUGUUUGAUUGGAGUUGUACUUAUUUACAUGAGUCACAUGUAUCACACCCAUGUGUCUGUUACUCCUCAUUUAGGUUCAUAGACAUUAACCAAUUGGUACACAGAGUUUUAAACAAUUUCCAUUCCAGUACUACUACCUUGAAGAAAUUCUGUUUACAUGGGAAGAUGAUAAUGAUGCAAUUUGGUCAAAUUCCUUACAUUUACAAUUAUUGCCUUCAGCUUGCCAGUUUUUAUAAAGAGGAUAACUUACACAAUAAUAAUAAUUUGCCCAUUCAGCAGUAUUCCAGCAAUAGAACUGCUACAUCUAAGGAAAUGAUUUUGAUGAAUUCAGUGUUUAACCAUGAUCAGGUUUGACAUGUUCUAAAACCAUCAUGACAUGGAUUAAGAAUGUUUUGCUCAGAGGGGUAAGGGGUAAUUUAGUUGCCUGAUAGUUGAAGCUUUUGCUUGUUGUGCCUUAAAGUUUGGGUUGGAUUCCCCUCAUUGGUAUGAUGUGUGAAGUACAUUUUGGGUUUACCCUGCUUGAAUAUUGCUAAAACUGGCAUAAAAUCAUUUUCUUUAAUUUUGAACCCAGGCAUAUGGGAUAAAUCAAUGCUUUUGCUCAAUUGUAUGCUGCGAAUUGUGUACAAUGUAUUAAUCUUCAAUACAUAUGUAUACUGUCAAUUUUGCGAAAAAGCCUCUCAAAUAAAAAUUGAUUUAAGACAUAUUUUAAUAAGCUUUUUCCAGUACUGGUAAAAUUUUGCAAUACACUUGUGUCCAAAGAAUAUUCUCCUUCUCAUGUUAUGAUGAUGUAUCACAUGCAUGAAUGAAAAGGUACUUUGAAAUAUAGUCAUAUUGUGUACGUGGGUGCGUGUGCUUGUCGAUUUGGCCUGUGUCAUACCUUUCCCCAUUUUCCCUAGGUAAGGGAGCUAACUGACUAUAAAAGCUGAACUUCGCUGGAAUUAUGGAGUUAUGUUUUGGCUGGUCUAAUGAGUCUCUGCAUAGUCCAGUCAAAGUUGCUAAAUGAAAUCAACAUUUGAUUCCUUAACAACUUGGCAACUGCCGUGCCUUAAAUUGCAGGAUUUGCCAAGCAUGUUGAUUGUCACAGUGCUCUCCAAGAUCUUGAUCAGCAAUCACAUAGUUUUGAAUGGGCUCUGCCAUUUUGUUUAAGGGAAAUACUAGCAAUGUGAAAGGUGGAAUCUGAUUUGUCAAUAGGAGAGACAUAACUUAGAAUAGCCAUUGGUGGCUCUACGAUCAACCCACAAAAUUCCAGCCCAUUUUGUCAGUGUUGGAACCUGGCUUUCACAAUCAGUUACCACCAUUGCCUUGGGAAGAUGAUAUUUCCCCACAAUGUAAGGCAUAUCUGUUUCACAAUCCUUUACAUUCACUGAUUGUUUUCAAGAAAUUUAUCAUUGUUUCACAUACCAGACCACAAACAAAUUGUACUAUCCAAAUUCUUUUGUCCCAGAAUAAAAUGGACUUCAAAGAAAACUUCUAACAUGAUUUUAUUCACCUAGUCAUGCUGACAUUAUUACAUGAUGAAGCCUAGCAUUUAUGUUUAUGGGCACAAUGUUGCUUUUGUUAUGUUACAUGGUUUGUUUUCAUGCAGAAAUAGUACAGCUUCAUUAAUAAAUUUUUGACAAAAAUG